AUGGAUAUAGCACUAAAUGGUUUUAAAGAAACAGGGUUGUGGCCGUGUGACAGAAAUGUCAUUAAAGAAGAGGAUUUCGUAGCUUCUGUAUACAUCUCUAAUCCAUCAAAUCAAAAACCUAAUGAUCCUGCUGAACCAAAUACGGAAUCAUCUGCUAGGAUUAUAUCACCGAUUUUAACGCCACCAAUAGUUGCAUCGAUACCAAUGACGGCUGUAUCUCCACCAAUAGUAUCAUCCCUAUCACCACCUGGACCUUCUACAAUAUUACAAGAUAUAUCACAUGAUAAUAAGAUAUUAACAGUUGAUGAAAUGACUAAUGAACAACAAAUAAAGACUUUCUUGAAUAUUUUAUCUCCUGUGCCUUGCAUAAAAACAGUAACUAAAAAAAUGAAAAAAGGUUCUAAGCCUACAAUGGAAUUAACUUCAAGUCCCUACAAAAAUGAAAUGGAAACUAAGGAAAACAUAAAUAAGAAGCCUGUACUAAAUUUAACAAAAAAUAGAACAGAAAAAGUAAUAAAUAAAACUCCUAAAAGAAGGAAUACAGAUGAAACCUGCAAGAAGAACAAAAAAAUUAAAAAUAAAGAAUCGUGGUUAUGCCAAUUGUGUCAAGAAGAUCGUGAAGAAAACAUGAUCCAGUGUUUAACAUGUAAAGCUUGGAUACAUGACCUAUGCGCUGGAGUGGAAAGUACAAUAAAAAAAUUUAUAUGUGACAUUUGUGUUCAAUCUCAA